CUCUAAACUUUAAACUCUUUCUUUGACCAAGGAGUCAAGCCUAGUUUUAUUAUAUGUUAAAAAGUCCAGCAAAGGGUGGCCAAUUUUGUAUUACCAAGCGGAAACGGUAAAAAAGCAGUGUUUGAAAAGAGCGCGAAAACAGGAAAGAACGCGCGAAAAAAAGUGCGCGAAGAAAAAGGCGCGAAAAAGGAAGCGAUGGGAGCGGUUCGAAGUUGACCUCUCUCGAUAUGAGAGAAACUUGACCCCACUAAAGAUAAACAAACAUGGCGGAAAGCGAGGGGGCAUCUGCAAACGUUGAAAGUGAACAAACAAUGAAUUUAAAAGCUCUCGUUAUCGGUGGAACUGGUGCUGUCGGAAAGUGUUUAGUUGGAGAACUUCUGAGCUCAAAGAAUUUUUCCAAAGUCGUUGUCCUUGGCCGAAGAAAUGCAACAGUACCUGACGAGUACAAUGUCAAACAGGCUGAGGCAGAGAGUGAAGGUCGGUUGGUGCAAGUCACUGUUGAUUUUGAGACUCUUACAAAGGAUACUGUUGGUGAGCAUUUUCAAGAUGGAGAUGUGUUUUUCAAUACAAUGGGAACAACAAGAAAGGUUGCAGGAUCUGCUGAAGCCUUCUACCGAAUAGACCAUGAUUAUCCAAUGAAAUGUGUUGAAAUAGCAAAGGAAUGUGGAGUGAAACACAUGUCACUUUUAACAUCCACGGGAGCGAAUGCAAACAGCUGGUUUUUGUAUAUGAAAACUAAAGGACAGAUCGAAGAAGAUUGUAAAAAGUUAAAUUUUGACCGUCUCAGUAUUUUUCGACCGGGUCUUCUUGAUCGCGGUCAGGAUAAAAGAUUUGUUGAAAAAGCAGUUGGCCUAUUUUGGAAAGCCAUACAAGUGAGCGACGUCGCUAAAGGAAUGCGUAUUGAUGCGGAACAAGUUGUCAAAAAAUUGAAGUCGAGCGAGGCUGGAAAUGAAGAGAAAGAAAAGUUGUUUUUCAAUGCGGAUAUUUGGGAGACGAUAAAGAACGAAGCUUAGAGUUGCGAAGAAUGCUUGGAUUAUCAAACGUGACGCGUACGUACGUAGAUCAGUUCAAUAUUAUACGGUGAUAAUACAAUGGUAAUAGUUUAUUGAUGGAUCUUAACCUUUAAACUAAUAUUUUACUAUGCAAACUAGGAUAUAACUUGCUCUUGUUUACCAUCUUGUCAAUGUGGUAUACUUGAGAAUAUACAUGCACGUGCUAUAGUUAUACAGAAUUCGACAAUAAAUCAACAUAGAAUUCAAAGAGAUUCAUGUCUCAACAAUAUACUAAAUUGGAUGCAGAUGUUCCCUAAUUGACACGCGAAUCAUGUGUGUUUUAAAUUUACUUAAAAACAGCAGCUUAACAACAACGACAGAAACGGCAGCAUUCAGCUAAGGACGACAGUAACAGUUGCGCAUUAGCGAGAAAAUCAACAAUAACAAAAGCAAUAACAACAACAAUAACAACAACAAUUAAACAGCAUUAACAACAACAGCAGAAACAACAACAACAACAACAGUUAAGCAGCAAUAAGAACAACAGCAACUAUAACGGGACCAAUUAAAAACAACGGAAAAACCAAUGCAAUAAACAAAGAUGCAUAAUAUAAAUAAAACGCCUUCAUCAUUAUCAAAAACAGCUUCAUGCAAGAGCAACAAUAACAGCAACAAACAAGACAAAGCACUGUCAAUAUAAAACAAGCGGGGAAAAUACUUCUCCCCACGCUUUUUACAACUUAUUAGAUUGUUGCGUAGAUUUAUGGGAUUUCAGGGUGAUAAGAAAAUUGAAGUUUGAAGUCUUAAGAAAAUGCCAGAACAAAUACGAUUGCCUUAUAUAUUAAAGAAUGCAAACCUGCUUUGAAUAUUCAAAGUGACUCCAUCCGUGCAAAACUUUUUGUAUGGGACUGUUGACAUUUGAUUCUAAUUAACCACUCUAUUGUCUCAAUUUUAAUAUUUAAACUCAAACAAUUUAAAACUUUCAUUGACUUGAUAAUGACGUUCUGUAAACGUCGAAACGUCGUCUUUAAACUUUUUUAAGCAUGUAUAUAAGCAAAUAUAUCUUAUCGCAGAACUUUGUAGUCAAAUGAUAAGAAAAUGCGUAAUUAUGCAUCACCUAUAUACAUGCAGUAUCAGACUGAAGCAGAUAACCGUGAAACCCAGCGCUGAUUUUAAUUAAUCUGAAAAUCAUAUAGAUUUUAGUAGAACAUGUAUACAGCUUUUUUUUAUCCUCCGCAAAGUUUUGAUGAAUUAUUAAAAAUUUAAAUAGUUGGAAGUAAUUUGUAUAUCCCAGCAUGUAACGUCGUAUGUUUUAUAAAUACUGUGCAUGAUGUUCGUUUAUAAUAGGCGUAUAUAAUGACUAAUGCCGUAAUGGGAAAAUUCAGUAUUCUUCCGAAUAAACAUGAGUGGGCUUUCUUAACAUUCCUGCCAGGGAAAAACACACAGACAAUUAAGAAUUAUUCGGUUUUAAACAUCACAAUAUAAUUGCCCAUCCUGUGAAUAUCCUGUUCCUCCCUCGCGCGGAAAACCAGUCAAAAUCCGCAAAGCAAAUAUUUCCUAAUCUUGUCUAAGUUGUCUUGGUUAUUAUUUUUUUUCAGUUCCGAAAUUUAAUUGUUCUCUUCUCGGUUUCUUAGAAUACGACAAACUGUUUGUAUAUAUCUAACACAGAAUUUGUUCGCUAUGGUUUUAAAUAAAUAUGAACUGAAGUUUGCGUGUGGAAAACCUGAAACGUGCGAUAAAUAAAUCAGCUGCCUGCGUUGUUAUGAACAAAACCGACGCACAGAAACAUUACUUUUGAUUUCACUUGAGGGACAUCAUUUUUUUUAAAAUUACAUCUGAAAGCCGGUUUUUUUUUAACGAUAUUUCAAAAACCGCACGAGAGGCGUUUUUCUUUGAGC